UUUUUUUUUUUCACAAAUUUUCAAAGCUCACAUUGAAAAUAAUGAAAUUUUUUUUUACCAAAUUCUGAGCGAAGUAAUCUCAACUUUUCACCCCAAGAAACUGAUUUCUAGUAUCUUUUUCCCGGCUUUUUAGCAAGAUCUCGCGUUUAUCCAAUCUCUAGGGUUUUACACUUUAGUCCCUCACGUUUGUUUUGUAAUAGUUUGGCCCCUGAACUUUGCAGUAUUUGCUUUGGUUUCUAAUUUGUAGCAGUGUGACAGUUUGGUCCUUGUUUUUGUAGUAGUGUGACAGUUUGGUCCCUUAAGUAUAUUUCUCGGCUUUUGGUGAAAUUAUAGGCGAGUGUUUGUCUCGUUGUUUGGUUGUUAAAUCCCCAUUUGUUGUGCCACUGGCACCUUGUCUUGUUGUGAUCCUUGUUGGAUCCGUUGAUGUGAUCCGUGUUAGAUCCUUUAUUUAUCUCUCCCCGUGCGAUUUGGGGUUCGCACAUGAGGGGGAGUGUUGGAAAUUGUCUCAUAUUUCUCCAUUACCAUUUUCGUUUGCUCUUCCACUGCAGUUGUUCGGGUACCGAAGUAUUAGUGAUUCUUCAUUUUGGAUUGGAUCGAUUUGGCUUUGCUUUUUGGAUUGUUUCAGUCGAAGAUAUCAGUUGGAUCAUGUCAUUUUCAUCAGGCGAACUCACGAUGCUCUCCGUGUUCGCAUCAUGUGUUUGAGGGGGAGUGUUAGAAUAUUAAUGUGUAUGAUGCUAUUAAUGUUUAGUUACAAGGGUAGUAUUGUCCUUUCAUGUAAUAGGGUUUACUUAGGGUUUCUACGGUUUCCCUAUAUAACGAUAUACUGGCCUCUUGUAACAUAAUACUCUGAAUAAUAGAAUGGAAAAUGAUAAUGCCAAAACUAUUACUUUGCUCAUGGUACAAGCUUUUUAUGCAUAAUAGUUUUGGCAUUAACAAAAACAGUUUAAAACAGUUUUGGCAUUAACACCACCCUAAUAGAAUUUCUCUUUUCUAGUCUUACUACACAUGGUAUUGCUAUUUUUGGCUGAUCGGACCAAAAUAUCCCUAGCCUUUUAAACACUAGAUACCCGGUCUGAGUUUGGUGAUUCCGAGACAUUAGAGAUUGCUAGACACAGCCUUGCUAAUUUGAACCCUCUUCAACAACACAAAGCACUUUCUACAAGUUCAUUUUCCUUUCAUUCGGAGGAUUUCGGGGAGUAGAGGCCUGGUUGGACACUGCUCAGUGUAGUGAGUCCUCCAGCAGAGGAAGCGAGCAAAAUGUCGGUUGUGAAGUUGGUAAUGCGAUUACCGAACCAGUCUACACCGCAGAGUCCUCUAUCCAAGGAAGGUGGUUUUAGUCCAAUGACUCCAAUUGAAGCAGAAAGUCCUUUCUCACCACAGAGUAACAGCACUACAGAUACAAGUGAGCUACCAGAGAAUUUGGAGAAGUUCUUCAUAAAAAAUUCAUCCGGCUGCAAAUGGUUCAGCUACGAUGUCAUGAAAACUUCUACUUUGAAAUUCUCCUCAGAUAAGCUGAUCGGUAAAGGAGGGUGUACUUGCGUGUAUAAGGGGAUUCUUCCGGAUGGGAAGCCGGUGGCAGUCAAGGUUUUAAAGUCGUCCAAAGAAUCAUGGAAGGAUUUUACUCAGGUAGUUGAUGUUUUGAUUGGUGUAUGUGUUGAAGACAAUGCCCUGAUCUCUGUUUAUGAUUUGUUGCCUAAAGGAAAUCUAGAGGAAAACCUACACGGUAAUAGCAAAGAAAAAUCAGUAUUGUCAUGGCAAGUGAGAUGCAAAGUAGCUGUUGGGAUUGCUGAAGCCCUAAAUUACCUUCACUAUGAAUGCUCUACCCCAGUGAUUCAUAGAGAUGUCAAGUCCUCAAAUAUCCUUCUUCUCGAUGAGUUUGAACCAAAGUUAUCUGAUUUUGGGUUAGCAACAUGGGGGCCGUCAGAUUCAUCGUUCCUGACAGACAAUGAUGUAGUAGUAACUUUUCAGAAUCUUGCUCCCGAGUAUUUUAUGUAUGGAAAAGUCAAUGAAAAGAUCAAUGCCUACUCUUUUGGUGUGGUUCUCCUUGAAUUGUUAUCGGCGAGGAAACCGAUCAGUUCGGAGUCUACCAAAGGCCAAGAAAGCUUGGUCAUGUGGGCAAGACCAAAGCUAGAGAGUGGAGAUCUAAGAAGCAUACUGGAUCCUAACCUUGAUGGCAAUAUCGAUGAGGUUCAAAUUCAGAGAAUGGCUCUUGCAGUUAGGUUCUGCCUCAUAAGAUCAGCUCGGCUUCAUCCUAAAAUGAGACAGAUACUAAACAUCUUAAAAGGGGACAAAGAUGUAGAGGAAUUUGUAAAAUCCCAGUUUGGAGAUCGAAGAGGUACAGAAAACGAGGAAAAUACUGAUGAUGAAGUUUAUCCCCAUUCAAGCACAGAGUCUCAUUUGACCCUUGUGUUGCUUGACAUGGAAGACACCUCCACAUCGUUCAGCAGUGGGGAGCCAAGCAGCGGAACUUCCUCAGAAGAAUACUUGAAAGGAAGAUGGAGCCGAUCCUCAAGCUUAGAUUAGCUUCUUUUCACUGUCAACAAAAUAUAUGUGGCUAGUUUUUCAAGACAUUUCUGCUGCUAGACAUUUUUUUUUAAACCAAAAACAAAAAAAAAGUAUGUGUCAUCGUCACUGUACAGUAUGAGGAAGAGUUUGCACCCAGUAAUGAGGUGAUUUGUAGAAGUAUAGAGUCUAUAGACAUUGUAUUUAUUUAUGAAAGGAACGAGUCCCUACAAAUCAGGGAUGUUUAAGUUGCACAAUACAUCUAAAUGGGAAGCAAUGAUCUAAAAUGCA